AUGGAAAACAGUAAAACAAAUGUCAAUAAUUUAGAUUAUUCGGAUACAAUUCAAUGUACAUUACCACAAUUUUCAUUUGCAUCAUGCCGAGACAUCAGUCAAAUAAUAAUUGGUUUAAUAUCAGCAAUACUAACUGGAAUAUGUACGCCAGGGAUAAUAGUUCUCUAUGCAAAUUUAGCAGAAGUAUUUCUCCAGUACGAGAUCGCCUUGUCAAUGAGUUCCUACAACGACACCACAAGAAUACCAGUAGGAUUACGUAAAAUUUCUGAAGAAGAAAUAACGCCACGUGAAUUAGCAUCACGAGCUCUUAAAUUUUCUACCUCGUCAGCAGUUCUAGGUCUAGCUCAGCUUAUCUUUACAUCAACGUUCGUUGGUUGUUUCAAUAAUGCAUCACUGAGUCAAGUGUGCCGAGCCAAAAAUAUUCAAUUUAAAUCGAUAUUGCAGCAGAAUAUCUCAUGGAUAAGUCAACAAGAUCCUGAGGAAUUGGCAGCAAAUAGUAUCAAGAAUAUUAGAUACUUGCAGACAGGAUUAGAUGAAAAGGUUGGAAAUUUCAUAGCGACUUUAUCAACAAUAGCUUCAUGCAUUAUGGUCUCGAUCUACUACGGCUAUCAAUUAACAGGAACAUUACUCGCAGUUGUCCCAGUGAUUGCCGCAAUAAUAAUUGUAACACGACGUGUAAUUGAUUACGUCAAGAAACAAGAAGCGAAUCACUAUCGCAUGGCCCAGGCGAUGGUCAAGCAGACAUUGAAUCACAUGAGAUGCGUCUGCGCUUACUCAAAAGAAGAGUACGAGGUCAACAAAUAUAUAAGACACCUAGUACCUGUCGAGCAGUGUGACAUCCUGAAGGGAACGAUUUUCAGCGUAACUGGUGCUACGCUCUGGAUUAUCAUCUACGGGAUGUACGGGUUCGCUUUCUGGCAGGGUGUCCACUUGCUGAGAAUCGACAAAAGCUACUCCGUUGCUUCGUUGAUUAUUGUUUCUUUCUGCACACAUAUUGCGGUUUUCUAUAUAUUUCAAAUUCCCCUGUAUGUUCACUUGAUGCGGAAAGCCAGCACUGCUGCGAGAAGGAUUCUGAUGAUGAGCGGAAGCACUUUGAAAAUUGAAGGCGCUGAGCCUAGUGAUGUCGGCUCGAGGAUCAUUGUCUUCAAUAAUGUCACGUUCAGAUAUUCAUUGACUGGACAGGCGAUACUGAGGAAUGUGUCAUUUGACAUCGAUCGGGGGACAACAGUUGGUAUUUUGGGGUCCCAGUGCUCAGGGAAGACAACUUUGCUGUCGCUGAUUCAUCGGUUUCAUUUUCUCCAACGUGGAAAAAUCAGCUUCAAUGGAAUGAAUAUCGAAGACAUUGAUCUGUCCUGGCUACGAAAGCAAAUUGGAUUUGCUCAGCAGUGUCCAGUGCUGUUUGGCACGACUAUGAUGGAGAGUAUCACCUGUUUAACGACUUGCAAAAGCGAUGAACGUGUACACCAUGUCGCUGAAAUCGUCGGCAUGCAUUCGUUGAUUACUGAACUUCCUCAAGGAUACAACACUCCGCUUACUUGGGAUCUCCAGGUGGAUCUGAGACAGAGACUUGCAUUAGCUAGGAUUUUAUACCGCGAGCCAGAGGUUCUGAUGAUGGACGAUUCAUUGUCGGCAUUGUCGUCGAUUGAUGAAGAAAAGAUUUUCAAUGACAUUAAACAGGCAUAUGAUGAACUGACGAUUAUUAUCGUAACAAAUAACCCAAGAAUCCUAGACAAAGUUGAUAAAAUUUUGUACUUAAAUGAUGGGAACAUUGAUGAGUUUAAUAGCAUUGCAGAUAUGAUCCAAGCAUACCCAGAGAUUGAUAAUUUGAUUGUUGAAAAAGAUGGCAAAGUUGAUAACUUUGAAGUCGAAACUAUGGCAAAGGGUCGGGACCAGCAGCCAUCAUGUAAUGCAGUAUUUCCCCGGACGUCGAGUUUCUUCGGAAGAAGUUAUCAGCAAUUGCUCCGAUCGGGCCUGGUCCAAAUCGGCCGAUCGCAGGCAUUUCUUCAAGCGCCGAACGUGGCCACGUACUCCAUAGAGAGCAGGACGGUCGCUUUUAAGAAGCUAAUUAAAUUUCUUCUACAAGACAAACAACGAUGGCUGCAUUUACUGUUUGCGAGUCUCGCUUCCAUCAUCCUGGGUCUAAAUGCGCCCAUGUACACAGUCCUCUAUGGAGAAACACUGAGUCUAGUGGCUCUAUUCGACACUUCCGAACUCUUGAAACGCUACAAAUUCUUCACGACCAUGUUCUUUGCGGCAGGAUUCGUCGCGAGCUUCUGCAAAAUCGUCCAGGACUCGAUGCUAAGUUUCGUGGACAGCAAACUGAUGACAAGAAUACGCAGAGAGACGUUUAGAAAAUUUUUGCAGAAGAACAUGGAAUGGUUCGACACUGAAGCGAGGACUAUUUGCGAAAUUCUCGGGGUGCUGAGGAAACCACCUGAGGCUCAGCAAGGAUGUGCUCGGAGACUAGUAUUUUUGAUAGAAACUCUGGCGUCCGUUACUGUCAGCGUUAUUCUCUCGAUGUUCUAUCACUGGAAACUGGGUCUUGCUUCUCUAAUAUUUACACCUAUGACGCUAUCAAUUUUGCAAUUUAAUAAGCAGCUAAUAACAGAACGAUGUCAUCAUAUUGCUGCUAGUUUGAAUAAAGCUAAGAAGACCAUUAUCGAAGCAACAAGAAACGCCGAAGCAAUAGCAGCAUUAAAUUUAGAGAAUAAAUUCAUCGACUUUGACGAGGAUGUUGAUAACUUAAUAACUAGUAAUCAGAAUAAUGUCAAGCUACAGGCAUUUGUCCAUGGCUGCUGCGUCGCAUUACCCCAAUUUGCAUACUCAGUCGCGGUAUUUUACGGCGGAUAUAUGCUAAGUCACGAGGAAAUUGACUCGGCGACCGUUUUUAAAGUCGCGGAGGCCAUAAUCUUGGGUACUUUGUUAGUUGGUCAUUUAGUUCUUCCUAUGGAGUCAACUUCCCAAGAGAUCGACAUUUCGGCGAACUUCGUCAACAUUCUCGACGACGUCACACAAUUUAAAACAGAUCAAGUUAACAGACUAUCAGAACUCCAGGGAAAAAUAAUUUUCAAACAAGUGUCAUUCGUUCAUUCGUAUUACGCGGCUAUUCCUAAGUUAUAUGAAGUAAAUAUCAAUAUAAAGCCUGGAGAACUCGUCGCCUUCGUCGGCAGAUUGCACUCUGGGGUCUCUAUCCCCAUUCAAUUGCUCUUAGGAUUUUAUAAAGCAACUUCCGGUGACAUUUUUUUCGAUGACCAGCAGUUGAAUGAUUCAAAUCUAAAAGAACUCAGACGUCAGAUGGGUCUAGUUGAGGGAGAGCCGCGAUUUUUUAAUGAAUCUAUUGCUUAUAAUAUUUCUUACGGCGGAAAUCGCAAAAUGUUAGCUAGUGAAAUUAUCGCUACUGCUAGACAUGUUGGGUUACACGAAUUUAUUUCUUCUUUACCUAAAGGAUACUACACAGUUUUGGACGAAUCAGAAGUCCAAUUAACAACCAGUCAAAGAAUAAAGUUGUCUCUCGCAAGAGCUCUGGUAAGAAAUCCCAGAAUUUUACUCUUUGAUAAUUUAAAAAGAUGCGAAUCUGAAGACGCGCAGCAAGUAAUUAAUUAA